AUGGCACAGGCUGCUCAAACCGACUGGCUCUGUUUCUCUCUAUACUGUCUUUACCCUGGACUACGACGAGCGAUUACGAUACAUACAGCCAGAGGUCCUCAAGAUGGCUCGAAUACAUUCGCUACUUCUCGACCUCGGAAUGAAUCCCAGAAGUCUGCGGCUGCGCAACCCCAAUCAUCAUCCAAAACCAAGUCGAGCAGUCCCUCGUCUCAGCGCUCCAUCACACGUCGAAACUCCGCCCCCUUGCUCGGUGCAUUUGGCUCCAACGACAAUCGCAAGGUGCCGGUUCAGGCUCGUCCAAAGAUCGAUACGAGUUUGACUUACCAGCGUCCGGGUAUGUCUCCUAUCAACAAGUCUGCCACACCGAAUGGCCAGUUCUCGACUUUUGGACCCCAUACAAUGCGAGUUGGGAAAGUAUGUUCAAUUCAUUUCGUGUACAUGCGGGUAGUUGUUUACAUUUUGGUUUCAGCCUCUCGGUCCGAGUCAAUUCACCGACCGUCGACGGCGCCCCUCCCAGACGAUGAUGACGACCUUGUAGGUGGUGUACAUUAUACGACGUACGGAAGUCGCAAUUCCCAAGUCUAUGAGGCACCCUUUUCGGAUAUCAGUGUCCCAGUUCCACCAGAGCUUAUCGCCCAAGCGGAGCACGAUCUUGCUCGCUCGGAGAAGGAAAAAGGAAAAGGUCACAGGAGGUCAGGGUCGGCGCUCUUACGGAUGGUGGGAGUCGAGCCUGUCGCUCCCGAGGCGGAACACAAGGAGCGCAAUCGGCCACGCAGAUUGACUCUGAAUUCAAUGAUGCAUCCAGCAUCCAGCACGAUCACUCACCAGGCCUCUCAAAAUUCCUUCGCACACACUGUCAACUCGGGUUCGGGAACAGAGUCUACUCGCGGGACGACUUCUGCGGAAGAUACAACACUUAUUUCCAUGUCAAGGUUUCCCCUCCCGCCUGAUUCCGGGACGCCCAGGACGCCCGGUACUGUCGCGGCCACCCCGAUUGCCGCCAUGAUGGGGACUCCUAGUGUUGCAGGGACACCCACUCUUGCGGCUACGCCGGUCAUCGGAGGGUCCGGCACCCCUACCGCUGGUGCAACCCCAAGGCCCAACACCCCAGGGAGCAUGAUCACUAUUCAUCCAAGCACCCCAAAUACGCCUGCGAUCCCUGAAUUUUUGGCUGCUUCUCGAACGACCCCAGAGGAACUCUCGACCCGUUCUACUCCCGACAAUUCCCGCCCAAGUACCUCGACUGGGGUAUAUUCAGAUGCACCAAAGCCAAGUGCGGCCGCAAUGGUCGGAGUUGAUGUGGAAGGAGCUGGGAGCGAUGCGAAGACCGAAGUUACUUCCAAAACCGAGCGAUCGGUCGAGACCCCCAAAAUUGAGCGAGCAUUCGACUUUACGUUCCCUCUUCCCGAUGCUAUGAAGGCGAAUUCACCACCGGCUACCUCGCAGCCCGAGACCACCAGCUCGAGUGGCCAUGCCGAACCUGCUAAAUUCGACUCCCAACAACAAUCACAAGCUCGCCCCAGCCCUUCAGAUCCAUCGAACCCCCCGUCUCUCUUUACUCGAGCGCCUCACAGCCAGAAUCACGACCCCCAUUCCUGA